AUGGUUCGGGUGAUAUCAGUCCACCACUUUGCUAAUCAGCAUGUUCAAGUCAUUGAACAGCCCACUGCUUGUACAGUGGCACCUCCAAACCGCCUAUUGUCAGCUCUCAUGAGUAACUGUGUGGAAGUUCGAGAUUUGGCAAAUGAAUCUGAAGUCAUGUUCUCAUUUCCUACAGUAGAUGAAGUGAUUCAAAUUGUCCACUGUUUGAAUGGUGACUAUGUGGCCACUCUUGAGACAAAAUUCAAUAGACAAAACAGGGAAAUAAAUUUUGUCAGGAUAUAUAUCAACUGGGACAGUAUAGCAACAUUGCAGCAGUCUAAAAUGACUAGUAGUGGUGUUAGUUUGGGUUUGUCAGAAUGUGGAAUGGUGCAACCUAUGAGAGCUAGAAUUGCAGGCAGAGUUACACCUACUACAAACCAAUCUGAGUUGGGGAGCCUGGAAAUGAUUGAAAUUCCUGUUAAGAGGAACCCAAACUUCAUUGACUGUUGCCAGGUAUCUGGGAAUCUAUUGAUUAUGUCUAGCAAGAUCAUUAACAUUUAUAAAUUUCUAAUAAAAACACAUGAUAUUUCAAAGAUGAGGUUUAUAGACUUUGAGGAAUUGCCUCUUCUGAUUGAUAUACCAUUCAUACCAUUGCAUGUAUCUUUUUGUGAAAAUUACAUAGCAUGUAUGAAUAAAGAGAGUGUACUUUUGUUCAAAAUAUCAGAGGUUUCCAGAAAAGAUAACAAUGAUUUUAACAGUAGUGGGGAACUUGACUUCACUUUCCUAAAUGCCAAUAAUGGUCCUAUAGAUUACAAAAAAAUAUUGAGGGAAGAAAUGUUGAAUAAUAGUAAGGACAAAUUUAUUGUCAAUCUUCCUUCCAUUGUGAAGGCAAAUAGUCUGAUCCAUAAAAAUAAUCCAUUCACUUUCAGUGAUAGGGAUAUGGUUGCAAAUAUCAGGUCUACUGCUCCUAUAGAAAGCAAGUCAGUGAUUUACAAAAUUGAACAUCUGAUAAAAUUGAAACUGAUUCCCAUAUUGAUCGAGAGUGCUCAGAGACAGGUGACGGAAGAAUUCAAGAGUAUGAUUCUGAAACCUCUCUACAUAGACCAAAGCUUGAAUAGAUCGUCUUCUGUGAAAGAAACUCGCUUGCUACGCAGUGACUUCAGCAGUUGCCUGAACAGCGUUGUUUGCAUCAUCGCUACCCAACAAGAGGGAUAUUUGUACUAUUUCGAUGAUGCAGAUCCAUGUGUUGACAAAGAUAAUUGCCUGGCGGUAUAUCCGUUUACGGCUCCUGUCUUCAAAUUGGUCAUGGAGGACUAUUUCCUGCAUGCCCUUACUGAAACGGGUCUGGAGUCCUAUACUUUGAGACAUGGCCAUCAGAUGUGCAGGAAUUUUGAAGUCGUGGAUAAUGUGAAUGUGGCUUGCCCUCCAGUGAGCGACCCAAUAUGUCUGGUAGGCCUGAGGCCGUUUCUGGGCGUGGAACAAAUCCUCCUAUCCGAAAACCACAUGGUCCUUCUGGCCAACUCGGAAACAUCUCCAGCCCACUCCAACAGCUCCAACAGCAGUUCCAACGCUUCCUUUCUCACCCUCUACAACCUGGAGCUGCCCUUCCCGAAGAUGAUCUUCAACGACAUCUCCAUCGUCGCCAACGCUCACAGAUUCACGUCCGUGCAGACUUAUUGUCAUUUGAUGGGCGAGGCCCAUAUGGUGCAGAGGAUGGUGUUGCUGUUGAAGAAGUGGUCGAUGACAGAGGAAAGCGUGAGGAGGAUCAUACAGAAGCAGUGCAACGUCGAUGAUGUUAUCGACACGUACAGGACUUCGUGUGCUCUGUUGGGAGAUCAUUUUGUAAUGUGUAAUAACGAGGACGACUACUAUUUGGCGAUCCCAUAUUACAAAAUGGCCAGAGUACUACCAGCGGAAGUACUCAAACGAGUUAAAAAAGUGCAGGAACAAUCUGGUAACCAGUCUACCAAAGGUCUGAUGCAUUAUUUGAAGAAAAAUUUACUGCAAGUCAGGUCAGGACUUGAUGCUGAGAAAAUUUUCGGUUCCAAUUCGAGGGAAAAUUUGUCCGAGUCGAUUCUGGAUCUUUUGGAAAGUGACCAUUACCAGGAUCUACCGAAUUUGAUUUUGAAAAGCAAAAUCAUCAGAGAGUAUUCAACAGAUAAGUUGAUAAAUAUUCUGACUAACAAAUUACCAGAUAAUUAUUCUAAAAUGGCGGAGAGACAUUUGGCUCUAACAGUUCUGUACAUUCAAAAAUGCAACACGAAUCUGGCUACAGAAGAAUUGGACAGAAUAUCACGGGAAAAUUUGUGCCAAUUGAUUCUGGAAAAUUACGAUCUUCUUAUCGAAACUACGUACAGCGUGCAAAACAAAAACAAAGCGGUGACUACUUUUUCUGAAUUGACAGUCUUGUUAAUCAGUUACUGUCCUGAACUGCUGUCUUCCCUUUUUGUUAAUCUUAUGAUGGACAAAAAAGUGAUUAAUUUGAACAAAAUCAUCAGGGUGUUUUUGGAAUAUUUGCCGUCCAGCAUAGGCAACGACAGCAAUUCGGCUAGCCUGGUACUUCAGCAAACGCUAGAAAUGUAUUUCGAACGGUAUUUCUCCAAACCAGAGAAUAUCGAUUUGACGAAAGUCGUAUAUGAAAGAGGCGCCAGUGAGGCGAUGAAAUUGUUGGUGAGGUCUUACCUCUCUCAGUUGCAAAUGAUCCAGUUGCGUGAGGAACGAAUUAAAAAAACUGGAAACACUGUCAGUUCAAUAAAUAAAGAUGAAAAAGUGUUAUUUGAUGACGAUGGCGAUGACACGAUCAAAGACAGACGUCAGGAAAAACUGGGAUACAACCAAAUCAACAACACUUAUUUCGAAGAGCAGACGAAGAAACCCAAAGGUUCCUUCCUGUUUUCCGGGCUUCGUUACGAAUAUUUGGACAAAAUGCCGCCGUUCCAAAUGGAAAUAACCUCGAAAUUGUACGAAACUUGCGUGGAAAAUUAUCAGGUCAAAGAGCAGUGCUCGCUCGGUGAAGAGACGGAUCUUGUUUUGAAGAAGUUGCAGGCGCUAUUGUGCAGUCAAGUUGUCCCAAAACAAGUGAUUACAGAGGUGAAUGGGUAUCUUUCUGUCAAUGAAUCUCUGAGGGGUAACGAAAGUUUACAGUCAAUUACGAUGGGGACCAAUGACGCCGUUUUGUUGUUGAUCGAUGCAUGUCCACAAUGUCUAUUGCAGUUCGGAAAAGAUCGUUUCAGUAGAACGGACGAAUGGAAAUUUUUGAUUGCAACAGUGCAAAGGAGGAUUUUAAGGUUAUCGCAGUCUGAGAACCUCAAGAGAGUGUGCUUCUUUCACAAAAAAAUAUUGAAGGAUAUAUUGACAUUUGUGUCAUCAACUUUCACAUUGGAUCAGUUGGUUCAAAUGUUUCCACAACGUUUCAGUACCACUCAAGAAUCCAAUAACAAAGGCAUCACUGCUGACUGUCAGUCUGAAAUCGAUUUUGCGCCUCAUGACUCUGAUAUUUUGAAGGAAAUUCAAAAUUACGAGCCGUACAUUAUCAUUUGCAAAGAAACAAUGCACGCCAAUCAAAUAAAUCAAUUGAUCACUACCACUGGCCAGCACUUAUUAUGUACUCUGAAUUUGUGA